AUGUCAGUUCACAACAUUACGUUCUCUUCCGAGCAUGUUUCUGAGGGUCACCCAGACAAGCUUUGCGAUCAAAUCUCCGACGCUAUCCUCGACGCGUGCUUGACCCAGGAUCCGUUUUCCAAGGUGGCGUGUGAAACGUGUUCGAAGACGGGGAUGGUAAUGGUGUUCGGCGAGAUCACCACUAAGGCGGUGCUGGACUACCAGAAGAUCGUGCGCGACACGGUUUGCGAGGUUGGGUUUGACGAUGCUGCCAAGGGCCUGGAUUAUAAGUCGUGCAAUGUGCUGGUUGCGAUCGAGCAGCAAUCACCGGACAUCACACAAGGUCUUGGGGACUUCGAUGGGGAGGAUCUGGGGGCUGGGGAUCAGGGGAUGAUGUUUGGCUAUGCCACAGACGAGACUGAGACCCUGAUGCCGCUGAGCUAUGAGCUUGCUCGUGGCCUGGCCCAGAAGUACAGCGAGCUUCGGCGCAACGGCACGCUGGAGUGGGCUCGCCCUGACGCCAAGACCCAGGUAACCGUGCAGUACGAGUAUGACUCGCGGGGUGGCAAGCAGCUGCUUACGCCGCAGAGUGUAUCAGCCGUACUGAUUUCGGCGCAACACGAUGAGCUCGUGAGCAACGAGAAGAUUCGUCACGACUUGAUGGAGAAGGUGAUCAGGGACGUGAUUCCGGCAAGGCUGCUGAACGACCAGACUAAGUACUGGCUGAACCCAUCAGGAAGGUUCGUGAUUGGGGGCCCGCACGGUGACGCCGGGCUCACAGGACGAAAGAUCAUUGUGGAUACAUAUGGUGGGUGGGGCGCGCAUGGUGGCGGUGCCUUCUCUGGCAAGGACCCCUCGAAGGUGGACCGCUCCGCGGCGUAUGCUGCGCGGUGGAUCGCCAAGUCGGUGGUCUCCAGCGGUCUGGCGCGGCGCUGCCUGGUACAGCUGGCAUACGCGAUUGGCGUAGCAGAGCCGUUGAGUAUAUUUGUGGAGACGUACGGGACAGGCAAGUACGAUGACAAGAGAAUUCUUGAGAUCGUAGAGAAGAACUUUAAACUUCGACCGUAUGAUAUUAUCAGGUCACUUGAUUUGCGUCGCCCGAUCUACCGCGCGACGUCUCGUUUUGGCCACUUUGGCCGCACAGACACCACUGGGAAUGGCGGCUUCUCAUGGGAGGUUCCGAAGAAGCUCGUCGAAUAA